AUGAGGCUAUUCACACAUUCACGCCGUUCGCCGAGCCACGCAACACUUCGCUAUCCAUGUACGCCGAGCACUUUACAGCGGCCUAAGGCCGGCGAGUACCGCCGUCAGACGUCAUUCCAUUCAUUUGACAUCGGCUCCGAAAAGGCCCUGAUCGCUACAACACCUUGGAGUGACAUGCAGUCGCUGUGCUGUGCUGACCAAGGCUGA